AUGAAAACUUAUAGAGAUUAUUCAAAGGACAAAAAAGAGAGAAAUAAAAAAAUAUACAAAACUGAAUAUACAGAUCUGAAAAAUUUAAAUAAAAGUAAAGUAAAUAUAAAAAAUAUAAAAACUUUAUAUAAUAUAUUUUUACACACUGAAAAAAAUAGUAAUAUUAACAAAAAUGUAAAUGAUAUUAGUGAAGAAAACAGUUCAUUAAAUAAUAAGAUCAACAAUGAAAAAAAUAAUGAUAUAUAUAAUAAUGACUAUAGUAAUAAAUUUAAAAAAAAAUCAAUAUAUGACAGUAAUUGUAAUAGUUAUUCAGAUUUUAUAAAUAAUGUUAAUAUUUACGAAAAUAAUAAAAUACAAACUCCAAAAGGAAAAGAUGAAAUUAAUUUUUUUAAUAAAGUUGAUUUCUGUAAUAAUGAUUCAAAAAAUUCAAAUAUGGAAUAUUUUUAUAGUGAUAAGAACAUAUUAAAAAAUGAUAAAUUAAACCAUGAAAAAAUUGAAGUAGUAUCAAAUGAGAGAAAUUUUAAUGAAAUUUUUGAUUUAAAGAAUAUUGAUGAUUAUAAAAAAUUUAUAUAUGACAAUAAUGAAAAUAUUAUAUAUUCUAAGGAUAAUGGUUCUAUUAUAAAUGAGUUAAAAUUGAGUGUUAUAAAUGAAAAAAAAAAGGAGAAUCUUUUUUGUAAUAAUAAUCAUUUAAAUGAAGCUAGUACAAAUGAAACUUCUUGUGAAAAAGAUUAUAUUAAUUCAUUAAAUAAUGAAGUAUCUUAUAAGGAUAUUUUUAAUCACAGAAAAUUAAAAAGUAAUACUUCUGAGAAUGACAUAAUAAUAAAUACUAAUAUAGAUGAAAAUUUCGACAUAUUUAACUUUCAUGAUAAAGAUAAUAAAAAAUCUUCUGUAAAUUUAUACUGUAUUGAUAAGAAAAAUGAGACAAUAAAAGAAGAUAUUAAUUUUAUUUUUGAAGAAAAAAAUGAGAAAAUAAAUGAAAUAAAUGAUAUUUAUGAUUUAUCAGAAAAUUUUAUAUUUGAUGGACACAAAAAUGAGAUAUUUAAUAGUAAGAAGAAAAAUGAUAUUGAUGAUGAAAAAUAUUUAAGAGAAAUUAAUAAAAAUGAAUUUGCAAAUAAAAAUGAAAUAAAAUACGAAAACUUAUUUUCAUAUAAUAAUUUAGAACAAUUUAAUUGUAUGUCAAUAAAUAAAGAAAGUAAUUUAAAUAAUGAUUUGAUUAAUUUAAAGAAAAAUAUAGAAUGUAAUACUGAGAAUUAUUUAAUAAAUACAAUAGUAAAUGGUGAAGAAAAACAAGAAAAAGAAUAUACUAAUCAUUUUGAUGAAUUUUUUUUUAAUAAAAAGAAUGUGUCUGAAGUAAAAGAAAAAGAGAAUCAUACUCUUAUAAAUAAUUCUGAAGAAAAAAACUCUAUUUCUACAGAUAAAUUAGACAUAUUUAUUUGUGAACAUUUUUAUAAAAGUAACUUUGAUUUUGAUUCUAACAUUAAUGAGAAUUUAGAAAAAAAAGAGAUAAUUAAAAAGGAUAAUAAUUUGUAUUUAGAAAAAUGGUACACUAAAAAAGAUAUAUCUUGCAAUAAUUCCUAUUUAAUUAAUAAUAUUGAUAUAAAUGAAAAUGAUAUUAAUUUGGUUAAUAAUAGCAACAAUAUACAUAAUAAUAAUAUUAAUUCAAUUAAUGAGAAUAGCUAUAUAUAUGACAAUAAUAACAAAUUAUGUAAUUAUGACGAUUUAUUAAGUGAAGAAAAUGAUUCAAAGUUUUAUAAAAAAAACUUAAAUAUAAACAAUCUUGAUAACUUGAAUAAAGAUGAUAAUUUAGACAUAUUAGAAAUAAAUACUAGUUUAAAUAAUAAAAAUUUUAAGAAGUCUAUUUAUGAAGAAAAUGAAGAAAAAAAUAAAAAAUUAAGUGAAAUAUCUUCACAUGAUAAUUUGUUUAUAUACAAUUCAAAUAAAAUUGAUUUUAAAAAUAUCAACAGAAAUAAUAGUAUAAUUGAAAGUGGACAAAAAGUGGAAAAUUUAAAGAAAGUAGAAACUACAAUUAACAACUCUUAUGAAAUGGUUGUAGAUAAUAAUAAAAAAGUGUGUCAAACUAAUUCAAAUGUGAAUGAAGGAGAAUUUGAAAAAAAAAAUUUUUUUUUUGAUGACAUAGAAAACAUGAACACUUACGAUAUAAAUGUUGAUAAUUCUAAAUUAGAAGAAAAAAAUAAGGAUAUCAUAGAAUUAAGUGAUCAUUUCUUUUUACCAGAAGCUCAUAAAAUAAAUGAAAAUGUUUUUAUAUCGGAUAAAAAUUAUGAAGAAUUUUUUUUUGAAAUAGAUAAUGAUAAUAAUAAAGUAGAUAAAGUUAAUUAUUUUGAAAAAGAUAAUAAAAAAAAAAAUAUAUUUGGUGAAGAUAUAAAUAUUUUUGAAGAAAAAAAUGAUAAGGAUAUUGAAAAUAAAAAUUUUGUAUAUCAAAAUGAUGAAAAAAAUGCAUUUAAAGUAGAUAUAAGUAAAACAUUUAACGAAAAUAACAUUCUGAAUAAAAAUGAUUCCAUUCGAUAUUUAGAGAAUGAAAAAAAAGAUGAAAAAGAUUCAAAAACUGAAAUAGCAUUUAUUGAUUAUUAUAUAGGAGGAAAGGAUAAUCAUGAAAUUAUCGUUGAAAAUGAGAAUACCUCUUUUUUUGAAAUAAUUGAGGAAAUAGAAAAUGUUAGUAAAGAUAUAAUUGGGAGUAAUAUAAACGAAGAGAAUAUUUAUGAAAAUAUUAAUAACAAUUUAAACGAAUGUGAAAAUAAUGAAAUACAAAAAAAUUUAAAUGAUGAACAAAAAUCUUCGUUUUAUAAAAAUAAUUAUAUUCACAAAACAGUUAUUUCUAACAAUGCAAAUAAGAAUGAUUCUUUAGUUAAUAAAGAAAUUGAUAAUACUUAUGCAUAUUUUGAUAUAUUGAGUGAUUGUAAUAAAGAAAAUAUAAAAAAUGAUGAUUCAUUUAAAAAUGAAGAAGAAAAUAAAAAUGUUGAAGUAAAAAAGGGAUUAAAUGAUACCAUGAAAAUAUAUGAAGAAAUAUCUAACAACCAUAUUGAUACUAAACUUUUAAAUUAUAGUGAAAUAGAAUGUAGAAAUAAAAAUAAAAUUUUUACACCAGAAUCAAGUGAGUUAUUCAACGAACAUACUUUGAAAAGUUUUGAUACUAUUUAUGAUAUAUUAAUGACAAAAAAUUAUUUCGAAAUUUUUUCAUUUUUUCAUCAAAAUGAUAAAUUUUCUUAUGAAGAUAUAAAUAUCCCAAAUUUUCAAAUUUAUUUAAAAAAAGUAAAAAAUAUAAUGAAAAGUGGAUUUAAUGAAAUGUAUGAUUACAAUGAUUUUAUACAUAAAUUUAUUGAUGAAAUAUUUAAUAUGAAUAUAAAUGACUUUUUCUUUUUUAAUAUAUAUAUAGAUAACAUGAAUAAAUAUAUUAAUAAGAAAAACAUUUUAGUUAAUAAUAUAAGUAAUACACAUCAUUUUAUUAGUGAUUUUUAUAAAAAACAUGAAAAAGUAUUAACACUUGAGAUCUUUUAUAAAAAUAUGAGUUAUUCUCUUUAUUUUUUAGUAUUCAUUAAUUUGUUAAUAGAAUUAUGGUAUUCAUUAAUAUAUGACUUGAAAAAAGAAAAUUAUGAUAAACUGUUAAGUUCUUUGAUUAACUAUUUAAAUAAAAAAAAAUUAGUAUAUGUGUUAAAAAAAAUUUAUAACUAUUUGUAUAAAAUAUAUGAAGAAUUGAAUAAAUCAACAAUGGAUGAGAAACAGAAAAAAAAAAUAAUAAAAGUAAUUAAAAAAAGUAAAAGUUUUAAAUUAAUUAAGAAAAACAUUUAUAAAAUUAAUAAUUGUUGUUUUAAUUUGUUGAUGUUUUUUCUUCCAUUAUCAGUACCUCCUUUUAAAAAAAAAUUUAAUAUUUUUGAUAAUUUAUUAAAUUAUUUUUUUAAAAAUAUUAAUAAAAUAAUUUUUAAAUAUAUUAAAGAUAAUGCAAAUGAAUCUUUUAACUUUAAUAAUAAUUAUAAUGAUUCAAAAAUAUAUGAAGAUAAUUAUAUUCAAAGAGAAAUUUACAGUAAGGAAGAAUAUAAAAGUGAAAGUGACCACACAGAAAAAGGAGAAAAUGUAAAUGAAUCAAAAGGUGAAAAAGAUAUAUAUGAUUUAGAUAAAAAAAAAACAAAUAUAGUUGUCUUAAAAGAAGAAAAAAAUAGUGUGAAUAAUACAAAAGAGGAGAUAAGUGAAAAUUUAAAUGUUUUUAAAUAUAAAACAAAUAUAGAAAAUAUAAAAGAAGACACAAAAUAUGUAGAUAAUUUAAAAGAAGAAAAAGAGAAUGAUUCUAUAAAUUUUGAGAACAAUUUUUCAAAGAAAAAAUAUUUUCUUUACAUUAAUAAUAAUAUAGAAAAGGAAUUGAAUAAAUGUAUAAAGGAUAUAAUUGACAAUGUUAUAAAGAACUGCAAAAAAAAUAUUUGUCUAUUGAAAGUAAAAAAUUUAGAACAAUUAUUUCUUUAUUGCUUUGAAAAUCCCCCAAAUGAAAAAUACAAUGAUAAUUUAACAACUGUUGUAAGAGAUUUAAAAAUUAAUGAAAAAAUUGAGAUAAUAGAAAAGCAAUUAGAAUCAUACAUUCAAAAAAAUAUAUACUUUUAUCAUAUAUUUUUUAAGAUAAUAAUACCAAGUGUUAAUUCUAUAACUAAUAUUUUUGAAAAUUUAGAAACAUUAUUUACAUUAUAUGUAAAUUAUAAAAUUAAAAAAAAAAAAAAGUUAUUUUAUUUUUACGAUCCUUGGUUAUAUAGUUACGAUGCUUUUUUAUCUUUUAGUCAACUUGAUGAAAUAAAAUUAUCAGAUAACCAUAUAAACAUUUUUUAUCAAAAAAAAAAAAAAAAAAAAAAAGAAUCUAAAGAAGAAGAAAGUAAAGAAAAAGGAGAAAAUAUAUAUGUAAAUGAAAAUAAAAAAAAUGGUUUAAAUUCGUCAAAAGUUAUUAAUAAUGCAGAAGAUUUUAAAAUAUAUUUUAAAAAAAUUGAUGAAAAUUUUAUAUCUAAAAAUAUAUUUAGCAACUUAACUAAUUUUUAUAGUAUAAAAUACAUUAAACAGUUACUUUUAUUUGUAAAAAAUAAGAAGAAAUUAAAAAACGUAGAUAAAAUUAAAAACAAUAUAAAUAAUAAUAAAUUAAAGAUUUAUUAUUCUUACAUUUUAAAACUUUGUUAUAAUGAAAAUUAUAUAAAAAUAAAUACAAGAGCUUUAAAAUAUUUAUUUUUUCACAUAUAUUUUAAUUAA